AUGGCGUACGAAGAAAAACUUGCCUCGAUGCGGCUGAAAAUUGGCACGCGGAAAUCUCCAACUCGAAAAUGGACCUGGAUGAAUCAAGACGGUAAAGUAAAAAAUGAGCAUGACUUUAUCACAUCGACGAAAAAACAUAUAUUCAAUGAUGUCUCUGUGAUCAACACCGUUAAAACAGAAAGUGAUCACCGGUUGGUACGAGACACAUUGAAUAUCAAUGCCAGGCUUGAAAGAUCACGACUAAUAAAGUCUACACUCUGUCCAAUAACUGCACAACUCCAAAACCCCGAGAGCUUUCAAUUCGAACUUCAAAACCGCUUCGAAGCCCUCGAAAACAGCAUAGAUGUGGACGAUCUAAAUAACAUGGUGGUGGAUACUGUCCGUACGGUUGGGUAA